AUGCUUACAAAAAAUAAGAGACGAAAAGGCAAAAGGAAUAAUGAUCGUACCAGAGUGGCCGGCUCAGCCCUGGGAAUUAGAUCAAUUUUGGAACAAAGUUACCCUGGUGGCCGGAAUCUUGUCCGGAAAGCGUACGAGUUGAGGGGAACUCCGAAAGCUGCCCUAGAAGUUACGAUCGCAUUUAUUUCCGAGUCUUCUUAUAAACAAUACGAAGGUUGUUUCAAACAAUGGUGGUCCUAUUGCGUUGAUAACAACGUUAAUCCAUUUGCAAUAUCCAUUUCUCAUACUUUGAUUUUCCUAACCAAAUUAUUUGAUCGCCAACUAGCCUCCACAACAAUUAAUUGUUAUAGAUCGGCUAUCUCGUUGUUGGUUGGUAAAGAAAUGGCUCAAGACGACCGAGUUAUGAGGUUUUUUCAAGGUUGUUACAACUUGAGACCGUCAAAACCCAAAUACGACAUCACAUGGGAUCCAAAAAUUGUUCUCGAUUAUCUCACCUCUUUACCAAACAACAACGAUUUGAAUGUACUCGAUCUCGGAAGAAAACUUAUUGCUUUGCUGGCAUUGAUUACCGGUCAUCGCAUGCAAACUUUUUCGUUGAUAGAAUUAGAAAAUAUCGAAGAGCUAGACGAUAAAACCAUUCACAUUAAAAUACCAAAACGAAUAAAAACUUCGGGUCGUAACAGAAAUCAACCCUUGCUCAUAUUACCAUACUUUCUAAUCAAUGAAAAAAUUUGUGCUGCGUCUACUCUGAAAGCGUAUAUUGAAAAAACAGAAAAACUGCGAAAUGGAAUAGAUUACCUUUUUAUCACUUCCAAAAAACCUUAUAAAGCAGCUGAAUCUUCAACUUUGAGUCAUUGGGUUAAGUACAUAUUAGAAAAAAGUGGUCUUGAUAUUUAUAUAUUUUCUGCACAUUCUACGCGUCACGCGUCUACUUCAACUGCAAAACGCAAAGGCGUCGGUAUAGAUAUUUUGUACUCAGCAGGGUGGACAGAAACUUCUCAAACUUUCGAAAAAUUCUAUGACCGAGAAAUAAUUGUUAAUAAUAGAGACAGUUUUGCUAACGCGAUUCUUAAUUCUUGA